AGGAAACCAACUGAAUCUAAUGCUGUUUCGGCAUAUCCUUUAAAGAUAAAGCAGCAGUGUGCCACGUCCGAGCGAAGCAGCGGUCACACCAUGUCUUUCACCUGAAGUAACAACGAAUUAAAGGACUUAAAUUUAAAAUGUGACGUCACUUCUGCUCUCAGCCUCCUACAGUGUGGUUAGUCAGAAUGUGAGCGGAUGCAGACUUUUGGGAGCUGACUGCUGGGAUUUUCUAUGUGGCUGCUUUUUUGACCCACAAUCUCAACCUUUCUCGGGGGGUCAUAUGGAUCGAUCGCCGCACUUCCAAAGAUUUGUUUGUUUUAAUCAUCCGGACUACUAACUGCAACCACAUGAAGAAUAAAAGCACCAAGCAAAAGUCCAAAAAGAAAGGAAGUGAAAAUGCGUUCGGCUGUGACCUGAUAGAACAUCUACAGAAUUCAGGACAAGAUGUUCCUCAGGUUCUGAGGAAAUGUGCAGAGUUUAUUGAGGAACAUGGGAUUGUGGACGGGAUCUACAGGCUGUCGGGGGUCACCUCAAAUAUCCAACGUCUCAGGCAGGAAUUCAGCGCUGAGGCGUGCCCUGACCUUACAAAGGAAGUGUACCUCCAGGACAUCCACUGUGUGGGUUCCUUAUGUAAGCUGUACUUCAGGGAGCUACCCAAUCCUCUGCUCACAUAUGAGCUAUACAACAAGUUCACUGAAGUGGUCAAGGUCCAGGGGGAUCAUGAGAGACUUUUACACAUUCAGGGGGUCAUCAAAGAACUGCCAAACCCUCACUUCAGGACUCUGGAGUACCUCACGAAGCAUUUGGCCCACCUUGCCACCUUAAGCACCAAGACAAACAUGCAUACACGAAACUUGGCCCUGGUCUGGGCUCCAAAUUUAUUAAGAUCUAAGGACAUUGAGGCCUCAUCAGGUAAUGGAGACAUGGCUUUCCAGGCGGUGCGGAUACAACAAUCAGUGAUUGAAUUUAUUCUAAACCACACAGAGCAGAUCUUCAGCAGUGAUUCAGUGCAAAUCAAACCCACAAAAGAAGGUUCAAGUCUGAUGUGUGGGGAGAAGUAUGCCACACUCCCCAUCAGUGGCCAGUGUGGGCCGAUGAAACUGAUGAGCCUGGAAGAAGCCCAAGCCCGCUCCUUAAGUCCAAAUCAUCCUGUGCAUAAAGAACGUCAGCGGGAGAACAGUCUCCCUGAUACCAGCACUGCUUCACUCUACCACACCGUCAUAGACAUAUCAGACAGCAAGAGAAAGUUUUCUGGGAAAUCAAAGAAGUGGAGGUCCAUCUUCAACUUGGGACGGUCUGUGGACUCAAAAGGAAAGCUGAGCCGCAAUGGCAGUGUGUUCAUCAGAGGAGCUGGGUUAUCAGAAAAGGCAGCUCUUCGUCCAUCCAGGAGCAUGGAGUCCUUGUGCUCCUUACCAACAGAUGAUGACAGAACUGGAAACAGCAGUCCUGCUGGUGGCAUUUUCGUUCCAGAUGUAAAAUCCAGAACGCUGGGAUCUGACUCGCUCUAUGACCUGAGUGAACACGACCAAAACUGGGAGUUUAAAGGGAACAAAGCUGGUGGGGCAGCAGGUGGUUGGAGCUCCAGCAUGAACCAAAAGGGGUCACCAGGUGCCUCUGUAACCCCACAAAAAACACUACCAGAGCAGCUGAAGGUGUACAAAGGUGAUGACCUCAGUGGCUACAAGCCCACCUCCCCGAAAAACAGAAGAAUGUUGUACUCGGGUUCCUCCCACAACAGCUCCUCUCGGCCCUCCUUUCCAGGAAGCUUCUUCCCGCUGGAGUCCUCGCCGAGGCAUCAGCGCAGAGCCGUCAACAUAUCUGAGCCAUUUGCUGUGUCUGUACCCCUGCGUGUGUCAGCCGUUAUCAGCUCCAACAGCACACCAUGCAGGGGGCAUGUCAAGGACAAAGCAGCCACCCUGAAACCUUGCAAAGAGAGCUCAGAACAGAGCAGCAGCAUUGCAAAGAGCAACACCUUCCCCCAACUGGAACCCAGGAAACAGGAGGAAGCAGAGAAGAAAAACACAGAGGAGAAGACAUCAAGAGUCCUGUCAGAGGAUACAAGCAAAGAAGCGGUGCAAGAAGGUUGCAGAGAAAUGAAUAUGUCUGAACUGGAACCGCUGUCAAGAGAGGGCAAAGAUGCAGCGCCAUCUCCUGGGAAACAACCGCACAACCAGCCCAUAGUGAAGCAACUGGACAUGAAACCUACUGGGAAAGAGUUUUGGUCUGACGUCAACCAAGAACUGAAGAUAACUGAACCUGAACUGGACCUGCUGCAUGAAACUUUUAAACCUGUUUUUGGCUCCAAGAGCACCUGUGAGGGCAUGAAGUUAACGAUGGAUGUUAAGUCAAAACGAAGUCGCAGCUCUCCGUCUCUGUUCUUGUUGUUUAGAGAGCAGUCUUCAAAUACCUCUCUGAGCAAUAAUGUAAUCACCACUGGAUCAGACUCUGCAAAGAAACAGCCCUCAGAGUCUGACAUAUUAUUUUAUCUUAACAAAAACACAGAAAAUACUUGUUCUGCUGACAAAGAAAAGAAGCUGUACCAAAAAAUCACAUCCUUAAACAAAGAUGAACCGACUUCCACCAAACAGUGUCAACUUCCUUUAGAGGAAGACUGUUUAGAUAAAGUUAUAAAUCCUUUGACAACCGGGGAUACUCCAACAGUUGAAGGCUCCUCGGUAGCAGAUGAUACUGACAAAAAAUCAGAGAAACAUGACAUUCCUCCACAUGACAAAAACAUCUCCUGUGAAGGAGCAAAGAAGAAUGUGAUUCCUGAGGUGGAAGUCCUCCAGAGGCUGUCAGUGUGUUUGGAGGAGAGACGUAACACCUUGGAACUGCCACACCUUGACAAUGACGAAGGAUGUGGAGGGAACCCAGAAGAACUGGACUUGGUGGAGCCCUGGGAGGAUCUUCACUCCACCAAGCAGUGGGUUACCAGUCCCCUCCAUUCACCUGACGUGGAGCAACUGUUCAAUCAGCUGUCGCCUUUCAUCCCUCAUGAGGAAACUCUGAGCUCAGAGGAAGGAAAGAUGUCAUCUCCUUCAGCUGAUAGUAACAAACAAUCUCUCACUGAGUACACUGAAAACCUCUCAGGAAACAUUCCUCAAAACACCAGCAGCAAACCAAAAGCUAAUUGGACGUAUUUGCCAUCAAUACCCACACGGGUCAGUGUGAACAGCAAUAACGCGGGAAAAUCCAGUACAGCUAAACAGAAGAAUACAGUGUCAUCUCAAAGGUUUUACAGACAGAUGUCUUAUGAGGCAGCCGCUUCGGAGAAACGAGAGGAAAAUUACUUUUCUAAACACAGGCCAUAUUCACUGAAUUUAGACAUGGGGUAUCGAUGCAUCAGAGACAUUUCUAAUCAGCAAAACCGUAAUUCAUCAGAGUUUUCCUCUUGCCAGAGAGGAUUACUGACCUCGUCUGGAACUGCAAGCAACGCAGAGCUGGAGUUGUUCCUGAGUGACAGGCAGGCACCUCUACGCCGAAAUUCAGCCCCGGUCAGUGUGUCAUCAGUGCGAACAGCUUUCAUGAUAAAAACAUGCCAGGCCAAAGCUGUGCCCGUCGUCCCUCCGAGGGUGCAGUACAGUCAGAUACCUCACUCCAGACAGGGGAAUGAUUUUGACACAGUAAAGGAACAAGUAAAGGAAUACCCUAAAAUGAGCAGCGAGAAAAGCAAUGCCCCACCUCCUCCAAUGAUGUCAGAUCUAAAGGAGGAGCUGGAGAACAAAGAGCCUCCAUCCAAACACCAAAAACAUCUAAAUGUUGAAAAAUGUGCAGAGUCUGUGAAGACCACAUCUACUGCAGAGCUGCCAGUCAUAACAAGGAGACACGCGCCCAGUCUGGAAGUGUUUGUAGACUGUCCCAGACCAAACAGGGGGAACCUCUUACAAAGGCCGUCCUUCAGGAACAGGCAGAGACCUCAAAGUCUCAUCCUGCUCAGCCCUCCUUUUCCCAUCAUGGACUACCCUCCAUCAGGAGAUGAUGGCAAGCUUCUCUCAUCCAUCAAGAGUCUGAACGACACAUCAGCAGGGAACGUCUUAUCUAAAGAGAUGGUGGAGAGUUUCAGGACACCGGAGGGGUUCACGCUUCAAAACAAAAUGACUAUUCCAAAAAGUGGACAGAGACUGGAAACGUCAACCAGCUGCUUCUACCAGCCACAGAGGAGAUCCAUGGUAUUUGACAGCAGGAGCCACAGGCAGAUCGAAUGACUGGAGGCACGGUCAUUGACUAUGAGACUGGGUGUGUAAAUAGAUGCAGUAUACAUAAAUCCUGAUUUGAGGAAGAGCUGAGGAAGCAAUUAUGUAUCUGAAAGCCAUUUAAUGUUGACUGAGAUCUUUCGUGGUGCUUAAGCUCAUAUCUUCAGCAACAAACAAAAUCAAAGAUAUUCCUUUUAGAAGGUAAAGAAGCAAACAGGAACCUUUUGCCUGAAAAUAUAUUCACAAAAUGGAUCAUCACAACUAAUUUCUUGCCAGUGAACUAAUAUCUUAAUCGUAAUAUAAUAUUUGUUUAAGCUCUGCCGAGAUCAAUGAAGGAAAUGUUAUUAAAAGAAACUUCAGAAUGGCAGACAUUUAGUUUCAUACUCAUGUCAAGUUACAUUAAAUGUGAGAUACAGAAAUAAAGUCAACCCUGUGACAUACAGCAUGUUUGGUGCUAUACAGUCACUGAGUAUCACUGCCAUGAAAGAGUUAGAGAAUUUGUUAAGCAUUUAUAGGAAAAAGUAGCUUAAGCACAGACUCUAUAAAAGAAGUGGAUGUAGCCUCCAACUCUGAAAAUGGAAGCCAACAUGGAUGAUGGCCAGCAGGAGGCGACUCCACUGAGUGCCAAAGGAAGUCUGAAUGUAUGUAAGCUUAUGAGAAGAUGACCCUACCUCUCACUUUAUUUAUUACCUCAGCGAAGGGGUUCCUAUAAAGACUUUAUGGUCUCAAUCACGGGUUUCAAGAAUUCCUCAACACAGCGUGAUGUUCAUAUCAUAAACAAUGGUUCCAUGUAAAACAGACGAUAUAUCAGAGUAUGCUUUAGGGCAUGGCUACUUUGAGACUGACAAAUUGCUACCACUCUGACCUGUCAGUCAAGGUAGGGAUAUAGUAAUGUGUAUCCAUAGCAGUGUGUACUUCUAUACUGCAAUGAAUUUGUUUUUAGGGUAUUCUCCUUGCUUUCAUCUGAGAACGUUGACCCUUCCACAGUGUGUUAUCAGUUCAGGAAACCGUAGCAUUUCAGUCGCCUAAAAAUGUCUUAUCCAGCGUUCAUUGUACAAAAAGGCACUCUAAGGAAUCACUUUUACAUUUUUUCCACACAUUUUUUUUGGCUAGCCGAAAUUUGCAUCUACAAGUUAACAUGUACAAUGGAUGCACCUUGCUUACAGAGGUAACUAGCUAGUGUUGGCAGAUAAAAAGAAGCUAAAAAAAAACAAGAUGGCAAAAUGCCAAAUUUAAGGUAGUCCACAGUUAUAUAUGUUACAUCCACUUCUUUUAUACAGUUGAUGAGCUUAAGUCUAGGGCUUCUAGUCUUUUCAGGAGUUUUCAAUCAUAUCUCACAGUCUUUUUCAGAGAAUGGAGUAUUUGUCAUGACAUAAGUUCUUCAUGUACCGAAGAAGACUGCGAGGUGUGGUUGAAAUCUCCACAUAAUCUCAAGCAAGUUGAUCCUAUGUUAUAAUCUUUUAUUAUCAUUAUUAUUAUUAUUUAAUUCAUAGGGAUUAGUUUUUUUUAAAUCUGUUCCUCCUUCACCCUCCUUUUCAAAUGCAACUUUUUUCCAGGUUUCAUUGGUGAAAAAGACAUUUGAUUGGAUGAAAAACAGCGCGUGUCCGUUCAGGAACGUAGCAUUAGUUUUAUGUCUCUGCAAUAUUUUGAUGUACUGGAUUCUGCUAUAACAGUUCCAGAAGAAUCAGAAUAAAAUCAAGUUAAACAAAUGCACCCCAUGUGUGUCACCGAUGUCAUGACAUAUAGUUGGAUCAUUCAAACCUAAUGACAACAACAGCCAGAGUUCAUUCUGCAUCAGAUUAUGGACAUUAAGGGCUCUGAACGCAGGAAGAAUAAAGUAAAGGUUAAUAAAAAUGAAAAGACAAACUAAAGAACUGACUUUUGAUCUGUUUAACAGCCAUUAAUCAGAUCAUGUGGAUGUGUUUAUUUAUUUCUUCAUAAGCAUACACUCGAUACUUACUGUAUGUGGCUAUUGGCUCUGUGAUAAGUCGAUGUCAAUGUGAUUUUUUUUUUUUAAAGAACUAAUAUUUAAAAGGAAAUUCCCUUUAUUGAUUUAAAUAUAUUGCAAUCUUAAUGAAUGGUAUUUACUCAGAGAAGAACUUCAGUUCAUGUGUAUCUUUAUUUUCUGUAACUACAUUGUGUUUUAUGGCAUUUUUAUUUGUUGAUUGGUUUUUGACUGUAAUGAGAAGCAGUAUUGUAGAAAAGAUGUUCUGAACAGUAAACUGGAGGUUGAGUGUGUGCACACUGACUGUAUUUGAUGUGUUUGGGCUUUGAUUGGUGCUUUGAAUCAAAGUAAGAUGAUGGUUAGCUCCAGGUUUGUUUUGUUUUGUCUCUUUUCUUUUCACUUUACAAACAUGGGAUCUGAUGGUUUUUUGUUUGUUUGUUUUUUUACCUUUUGUUCUAUUUGUGGCUGAUUGGCCAUUAACAUAACAUGUUAAAGGAGGUGACAGUGUAUUUUUCUAGAGACGCAGAAGUCAGUGAGGUGUGUUUUUAUACUGUAGGCUGGAUGGACUGGAUGAAUGAUCACAGUGUUUUAUUUGUUUUGUAACUUUUGUAAACUUGUCGAUAGUGAAAAUGAUUGAUUGGACAAUAUGUAUUCAUAGGAAAAACAACACAUUUUGAAACGAGAGUUUUGCCUUAAUUAUCUAUUGAUGGCACCAUGAUGAAAUGUACAUAAGGCACUUGAUGAGUUUUUCUACAAGAGAAUAAAAAGUUCUGAAAAUCA